AUGGAACUGCAACCGCCACCAAUGGGGGUGCCAAGAACCAUGGUGACGGCGGCAGUACCUCAACGCAAAUGUUCCUUUCUCGUUUUGCUGGUUGUCAAUUUUGCUGAUGGUUAUGGUUCGUUUCGCGACAAAAUUCCAAAUGGUCGAAAUGUUCCUCAUCCAUGUGAUCCGACAACAACAUGGGGAGGUGUUGGACACGAGGCACAGGGUGGGGGAGGCAAACGAAAUCCAUUUGGUCUGGACUUCAACAGAGAAGGAAAUACAUGGACUUCUGUACUUUGUCAAAAGGAUUCGGAUGGCGAUGGUAAGACCAAUGGGCAAGAAUUGGGAGAUCCAGAUUGCGAGUGGACACUAAACAAUAUACCAAAAUCAGUAGUGGGGCUGUCCCACCCUGGUGUUUGUGAACCUCUUGGUGACCCAAAAUGCACAGGAAAGAAUGCUUUUCUGCAAUGUAACGACCCUCCAAAAUUUACGUGUGACAUGGAAGAAGAUACUAUUAACCAAACAUUGAAAUUUCCAAGUACCAUGGUGCCAGCAUCGGAAACAAAUUAUUACUGCAUGACCUUUGACCUCCUAACAGAUGGAGAUUACCAUCUUAUUGCUUCACAGCCUUUGAUUGACAAUUCUGAUGUGUUACAUCAUAUGAUUCUAUACGCUUGUAGAGACACAGUGAACACGACAUCUGCUCCCGUGAGCUGUGGCAUGGCCAAGGAAAACUGCAAUGAUAUGAUAGCGCUAUGGGCUGUAGGAUUUACGGGUGAAUGCCUUCAUAAAGACACUGGUUUUAGGGUUGGAACUAAUGGAUACAAGAAAGCCACAUUAGAGGUUCAUUGGAAUAAUCCGGAGAAAAGGACAGACUAUAAGGACGGGUCGGGCAUGUACAUAUUUUUAACUAAGACAAGAAGAACCUAUAAUGCAGGAAUUUUGAUGGUUGGACAGAAUUACAUUCGAAUCCCUAGACGCGCUUUUCGAGUUGUGGUGACAGCGAACUGUUCCCAUACCGACACUUCACGAUUUAUUGUAAAUGGACCAGUCUACUUUACCCGUGCACUGAAUCAUAUGCACUACCUGGGAAGAGAAAUGAAGUUGGAACACUACAGGGAUGGAACGAAAUUACGGGACCUAACUUAUGAAACCGACUACAGUUAUGAUAGUCCAAAAACGUUCGAAUUCCCAACACCUAUUGAGUUCAGACCAGGGGACGAAAUAAUCACGACUUGUGUGUUUUCUUCUGUGAACAGGAACAAAACUGUGUACAAAGGUGACGCAACUAAUGACGAAAUGUGUUUUGGAUUUCUGACCUACCAUCCUAAAGAAAGCCUCACUGUGGCCAGAUGUACACAGUGGCUAGACAUAAGCGAAAAUGCCCUACAUGUUUAUGGAGAUAAAGUUAUAAAUGGUUGUAAUACUACAGCGUUUAGUGAUGAUAACCAUCCUGCCACGGCCGCUUUUCUAAAGUCCGUCUUCGAAAACUGUGAAAUGCUCACAGGAUGUCUCCCAGAAUGCCGUGCCUUUUUAGCAGAAGCAAUGAAAAAUCCAUGCGUAAGUGGCAGUAUGGGGACUUAUUACCGGGAUUUAGCUGCGAGAUAUAACUGGGCUUCACGUUUUGGUAUGUUUACAGCUCUCGACUCAUGUAAUGCUGAGAUUGCUCGAGAUAAUUGCAAAGCUAAUUGUUUGGAAACUUGUAAGGCAGAUAACAACGCAGCCAGCAAAGCAGUAUUCAUGAUAUCAAUCUUUUUCACCAUCCUGUGGUGUUUCUAA